AUGUCAAUAAUAAUACUUCUUUUAUCCUUACUUUAAUUAUCUUAAUAGAUUUCAUUCAUAGGAUAGACUGCUACGGGUAAUAGCAAAUUAAUAUUAAAUUAGAACGAUAUUUUCCGAAAAUCAUGAAUUGGAUAAAGAAAUAGGACUAAAGAAUUGAUCAAAGAAUUGCUUUUGAGUCUAUACAGUUGAUGUUUAAAUUUGUGGAAGAAGAACUUACUUAUGAUACUGAAAACAACGAAUUCCUGGAAUUAUUUUAGUAAUAAGUAAUCAUCAUCUUGCUAUUUUUUAGAUUUUUAAUCUAAGUUAAUCUAAAGCAGAUUCCGAGCUUUAAAGUUAUCAAGCAACGAUUAAAUUUUUGAAUGAGGAUCUUAAAAGCGAAGUCUCUUUCUUCAAAAAUAUGAUUAAGGACAAAGAGAAGAUGCUGGAAUAAGAUAUUAAGGAAAUUGAAAAAUUAAAAAAAUAAACAAAAGACAAGAGCAAAAUAGAACAAAAGCUCAAAGAUAUCAGUUAUCUUAUUAAAGAGAUAGAUAGAAACUUGGAAAUUGGAACUGCUGAAAAAUUAUAUGGAUUAUUAGAAAUCAUAGAAUCAAAGGCAGUUAUUGGAUUAUUUCAAUAUUAGAAUGAAUACUAAGAAAUUUAGUAGUACCUAAGAAAUGUAGAUUUACUCUUCAAAUCAAGAAAUUUCUAGUAAGAUAAAGUAAAUUUAUGAUAAUUUAUUUUAGUUUGAAAUUGUCAAUUUAAUAUCUAUGGUGAAAAAUGUCCUUUUAGAUUUACAUUUAAACAUUAUAAUUAAAUUGUAAGAGGAAUAACUAGAUGAGUAUGAAGCAAUGUCCUUUUUUGAAAAUAGUAAAGUCACUCAUCAGAUAGCAAGAGAUUACUUUUAGAAUGAAUUGCAUUCGUUUUUAGGUACAUUUAAUUUUAGAUUCAAUAGAAACCUUGAUAACUAAAUGGGAAAAUCUUUUGUUGAUUUAAGAUAAUACAAAAGAAAAUUCAGAAAUCUUUAAAAAUCUGAUUUAGUAACUUAAUAAAUAAAAUACUAAAAUGAUUGAAACUAACAAUCACAGUACACAAUUAAUUAAUUUCUCAAUUAAACAUCUAGAAUAAGACUUUUUGCAAUAAAUAAAAAGACAAUGA